AUUUGUUGUACAAAUUAUUAUAACCCAAGAUGAAGAAAGCUUUCAAUUCAGUGUUCAAGAACAAAUUAUCAACCGAGAAAGUUAAAGAUGAAGAUCAAGGAACCAACCUGGAUAAGGGUGAAUCUCGAUCUUCAUUAUCUAUCGGUGGUAACAGUUCUGGUGCAUUGAAAAAUCUGCCUCCAAUAGCAACGAGUAAAAAUAAAAGUACAAGUUCAACUACAUUACAAACCAAUAUGGAUAACUCGAUUAACUCAUCAAAAGUGAUCAAUUCUAAACAAGGUAAAACAUUAUCAACAACCUCUAGUGCAUUAUCAUCUGCAACAUCAACAACCGGAUCUCAUCAAUCAAUAUCAAACAAAUCCUCAUCAAAACAAAUCCAAAGGUAUGCCAGUCAAGAACUUGGACAAAUUGAAACAGGUUCAUCUUCACCCAAACAAAUAUCAUCUAGAAUAGCUAAUAACUGUAUUAAAAGUUCCCUUAGUAUUUCAUUAGAUAAAUCCCUUGACUCCAGACUAUCCUCUGUAUCUAAAGAACAAGGUUUAACACUUUUUUGUCCUUCUCCUGAUCAAAGUGAACCCAGUCAACCAAUAGUCACCUCACCAAGCUCAGAUGGUGAAGUAACUAACAAUUUACAUUACAAUAAUUGUGUCAACAACAAUAGCCCGAGUGUGCAUCUCAAUAAUAACUCAAGUGAAAGUGAUAAAUCAUCGGUUAAAUUUGAAAAACACCUUACCUCAUCAUCUGCUGCAAAAUCAAAAUUCAUGUCAACAGAGAGUGGGUUAGUUGCCGAGAAGAAAAUUGCUAAUUUACAAGAGUCACGUCGUUUACAAUCCACUGACAGGUCAUACGAGGAAAGGAUUGCUGCUAAAGAUGUUUCAGCUAAAUUAGAGUCACCGCUCGAAGGGAUCAAAGCUUCAUCCAAAUUGUCCUCUUACCGUCAAGAUGCUCGUGCAAUUAAACUUACAGACUCAUCAAUUACCUCUCAACAAUCAUCUUCUAAAUCAUCAGCAUUCAAAAUGUCAACUGAAGAACUAUCAACCGGGGGUAAGUCAAAAGCAUCUUUUGAAUCUCAAAGUUCAAUUCGAACGGAAGAAAAGAAUGUGAAAACCUCGAAAACUUCAUCAUCAACUUCAUCAACUCGUUACUUUGCAACAAAAUCCUCUUCUUCCACAAUAAAAUCAUCCAUUACUGGAGCUCGAGGAAGUAUUGGAGGUGACAAUGGAUCCAUCUCUUCUGAAUCACCAAUAAUAACUGAACCUUUAUCACCCUCUGAAAUUUCAUUUAACUCACCUUUUGACAUGGACUUUUCAAUGUUGAGUUUAACAUCUUCAGGUACAGAUCGAUUCUCUGAGCCUAGUACAGCCGAAACAAUGGCUUUCAACAAUUUGAUUGGGCGUAUUGCCUCAAAAUUUAAAUCAUUAGUUGAAUCAUUAAAAAACUGUGCCAAAGAAGAAUCAGUGGAAUUGUUAAAAUCAUUAAAUCGAGCCAUGGAAAAGGCUAUGGUUAACAGAAUUUCCCAAGAAAAAUUGUUUCUUCAAUUGUCUGAUUUACUGCGAACUAGUGGAGGAUUAGAUGUAAUCAUUGAAAAUUGUGGUCUUCAUGAGAUUGAUUCUGAAGUUAAAUUUCAAUCUGCCAAAUUAUUGGAGCAAACACUUUCCCCUGACAAUCGAGCCUACGUUGUGGACAAUGGUUUGAGUAAAGUUGUCUCAUUGGCAUGUCAAUACUCCAAUACAAAUGUUAUUGAUCAAGAGCGAGUGGGAACUGGAAUAUUGAACCAAUUGUUACAAAUUUCUGAGGAAACCUGUAAAGAUAUUAUACGAAAAGGAGGCCUCAAAGCAAUUGUUUAUCAAUGUAGAAACACUGACGAUGAAACAUUGAGACAUUGUGCCUCUGCAUUGGCUAAUCUAUCUCUUUAUGGGGGUCCUGAGAAUCAUGCAUCCAUGAUUAAGGAACAAGCUCCAAUGUGGUUAUUUCCAUUAGCUCAUCAUACAGAUGAUAACAUUGCCUACUAUGCGUGCCUUGCCAUCGCUACGUUGGUUGCCAAUAAAGAAAUAGAAGCAUCCGUACUUUCAUCUGGAACACAUGAACUCAUAGAACCUUUCAUUACGGAUCGAAGUCCCGAAGAGUUUGCCACACAUUCUAAUUGUCAUUCAAGGGGACAAUCAAAAGAGUGGCUUAAACGGUUAGCUUUAGUCUUGGAAUCGGAUCGAGAAGAGGCCCGCAGUUUAGCAGCCUUUCAUUUUGCCAUGGAAGCAUGGAUCAAGAAACGACGGGGAGAGACAAAAAUUUUUGAAGAUAUUGGUGUUAUCGAUAGAUUAAUGAGAGUUGCAAGCUCACCCAAUGCAACUGCCUCUAAAUAUGCCUGUCAAGCUCUCAAAUUCAUGGGUAAAUCGGUGCCUCAUAAAUUGUCCCAACAGGUUCCUCUAUGGACAGUUGCUGAUGUACUUGAAUGGCUUAAGCAAAUUGGCUUUGGUGAAUGGAUGUUGGCAUUCAAAAAUAGUCGAGUUGAUGGUGAUCUUUUAUUACAGUUAACAGAAGAUAUGCUUCGAUAUGAUUUAAAGAUGGAGAACGGCAUUCUCCGUAGACGUUUCAUUCGUGAAUUGGGUCACCUUAAAAGGAUUGCUGAUUACUCUUCUUGUGAUACACUUAACCUUUUUCAUCUUCUCUCCUCCUUGGGCCAAGUUUACCCUCAAUAUACUUACAACAUGCUUAAAGGUGGAAUCGAGAUUGAAACAGUUAAAUUUUUAAACGACGAUUUGCUGUUGAAAGAGUGUUUUAUUGAAAAUGCCAUUCAUCGAUAUAAAAUUGCAGAGGCCUUAAAAAAUUUGUCCAAUGUUGGAACAUGUGAUUCACAUGAUUCUAAAAAAUCAUUAGAUGCAUUUAUAAGCUAUCGACGAUCAAAUGGUUCCCAGCUUGCAAGUUUACUGAAGGUUCACCUACAGUUGAAAGACUUUUCAGUAUUCAUUGAUAUUGAAAGACUUGAAGCUGGAAAAUUUGAUUGCAAUUUGUUGAAUAGCAUCAAACAAGCCAAAAAUUUUAUCCUCGUUUUAACUCCCAAUGCUUUGGAUCGCUGUUUGAAUGAUGAUGAAUGCAAAGAUUGGGUUCAUAAGGAAAUACAAGAGGCAUUAGCAAGCAAGUGCAACAUAAUACCAAUUAUGGACAACUUUCAAUGGCCGGAUCCGGAAAAUUUACCUGAAGAUAUAAGAGCUAUCUGUUACUUCAAUGGAGUCAGAUGGAUCCAUGAAUAUCAAGAAGCCUGUGUCGAUAAACUUGAAAGGUUUAUGAGAGGGGAAAUUAAUAGUCGCAUUGAUUCCAGCCAUCCAAAGAAUCUACCUCACCAUGGAGUUCCAGGUACACCGGGAACACCAAUAAAACCUCAUGGAUAUCCUAGAGCUGGAUCAAUAGACGGACUCAGAUCUCCUCCAGAAGUGUCCAAAUUAAUUGAAAAAGGAUAAAAUAAGUUAAUAAUGUUAUAGUUAAAAAAAACACCAAACACUGGUAACGUUCAAGUGAGAAAGAUUUUAUCGCAUUGUCUGGUGUGAUGUAAUUAAAUUUAUUGUAAAGUAACACUGAUAAAUAUUGAAACUGUUUCAAUGAAACAUGGAUAAUCAGCUAAUCUUUCUAUGUCAUUGAAGUAAUCAGGAUGAAUGAAAAGCACAACAAUUCAAUGUUUCUUUAACCAAAGAGUCAAUCAAAUAUUAAUAAUAAUAACAAAUAAGUUGAGAAAUUUUUCUCUCUCUCUUUAUAUUAAACUUUAUUUUUACGCCAUCUUCAGGCUUCAUUGCAUACCAUUAUCAUAUCACAAUCUUUUAGUUAUUAUGAUUGGUAAUGAUCAAUUUACUGGAUUAAGUUUCAUUCAAAUUGUAAAUUUCACUCUCAAUUUAUCAAAAUAAUUUACACUAAAAUCAAUUCGACCGAUUGAUUUAGCAAACAUUUCACCUGUUAAUAACCACCAACAACUUGCAAGUUAUUGAAUUAUUUCCAGUUACAACACAAGAAAAAAUAAUCAAUCUUUAAUUUUAUUGCCACAAUCAGCGAUUUAUUAGGUAUAAACGACUGCAAUUAGGUGAAGAUUGAGUCUAAUUUGCUAAGUCAAUCAAGAGGUUGAAUGUAAUACAGAAACAAAUGAAAAGCUGACUACAUGAAUUGAUACAGAAAUUAAUUAACACUUGACUUGUUGACAAUUGUUGAAGUGUAAUUAGCUUGUGAGGAUAUUUAAAAUUAUCAUCAAUGGAAAGCUGAUUAAUCAGUAAAAAUGUAUUAAAAUUUUUCCACAAAAAAUGGAUUCAUUUUUAUCUUUACUGCUAUUUAAAUGAAUGAAUAAAUCUCAUUGAUUAAUCCUCUUCCCUAUCAAUUGAUCACUAUAAUCAGUGAAUGUACUUUAUUAAUACAAUUAAUAGUUGACUAACAGCUCACAAUCACACACACACAACGGCAACAAUCUAAUCCUUUCAUUUCAUUUCAUCUUCAUGAUUUCAACCCUUAACCAUCUUUUGUAUCGUCAUUCAUGUAUUCAUCAUUAAAUCACUUAACAAACCCAUCAUCAAAUUAACUAGAACCGUUAAUAUGGUUUGCUUGAAAUAUUAACUUGAUCACGAAGCAUCAAUGAUACGGUUAUAAAGCAAGUUACCUUACAUAUCAUUUCACUUUUAAUCAAACAAUUUAAGCUAAAUUUGUUUUCUCCAAUAUUAUCCUUUCAUCUUGUAUUGGCUGAUUAAAUCAAUUUAACCCGGUCUUUCAUCGUUCAUUGUAAUAUGAAAAGAUGAAAAUCAUGAAUCAGAACUGUUUUUUUUGCUGCAAAAAGUCACUUUCUUUUUCAUCAUUCAAACCUUAUUAAAAUAUCAUAAAGAAAACCCUAAUUGUGUCAAAUUUUAAUAAGAUAAUCUCUAAUUUUGUACCUUAAAUGGUCAACUUAACCAGUAAUGUAUUGAAUGAUGAUAGGCAAUCAUUUAAAUGGUAUAAAUAUAAAUUUGAUUUGUCUCGAUAAUCAUCAGCUGUACCUUUUUUGAAGUCUUUUACAUCUCAACAUUCAUUGAUUUAAACAAUUAUUAUUUCACCCUAUUUUACACCAAUCCAUAUCAUUACCUGUUUAUAUUAUUAUCAUUGUAAUUGUAGGCUCAGGUUAACCGUAGAUUAAGACUCGCCAUGAUUAUGAAGAAAAAGAUAAAACUGGAAAUGUUUAAAUACGAUCAGCUAACUCAUCAGAUCAAUCAUUUACCUGGAGUAACUUAAUCUGGUCAGUUGUUGGUCUUUUAGGCAUUUGUAAAACAAUAUUUUCAAUUUUUAUUCAACUGUAUGUUUCCGUCUUGUUUGUGAUUGACCACCAUCAACAACGUUGGAUUAUAUUAAAAAAAGUCAAAUUUUUCCACUUCUUCAAAUCAACUUGUUUUUACCAAAUUGUUUCUCUUCCUUCUUGAUUCUAAUAGUGUUUAUCGUUCGCGUUUUUUUACCAUCAUAUUCAUUUAAAUAAAGUCCAGUGAACAAUUUAUUGAUCAUUACCUCAGUUCAUCUCAACAAACCAACUAUGACAGUCAAUCGUUUCAACUGGCUUUUUACCAUCAACUUCAUCUUAAUAGUGUUUACUCUUGUGUUGAUUAACAAUGUUGACCAAUCUAAAGGAAUGAAGAAGCGAAUGUUUAGCAAACUGAAACGUAUGUUCAACCCAAAAGCCAAAAAAUUGAUCAUUUUACCGAUUCCUAUUCCGUUUAUGAUGGACGACAAAAAAUUUGGUGGUGGUCUUGGUCUCAUGGGCGGUGGUAUUAAUUCAAUGUUGUCAUCGACCUUUUCAUCUUCUUCUGCUCCACAAAUGGACCCUUGGAUGAUGAUGUCCAUGAUGGAUUGUCCAGAAAUGAUGACAAUGGAAGAUGUUGGUCACAAGAAACCUUCUCCAAUGGGUUCAAUGGAUCUUGAAGGUUUCCAUUCGUCUGGCAAGGAAGGUAAAACAUUUUUAACACCUCCGUCCAGUUAUGCAGGUCAUCAUCAAGAGCAGGGUCAAACAGUUGAUAAAAGCUGGGGUUCACCGGGAGUCAACAGGGGAAAUGAACCUGUCAUUGAAAAUCCUAACUUUACUGGGUCAGGAUAUAGAGGUGGACAUCAACAAAGUAAAACAUCCACGGGACCAUCCAAUCCAACUAAUUACUUCAAAGGACAGACCAAGGAACAAUCACCGACAGGUUAUUGAAUUGUAAUUUAAUUUGAUCACCUAUUGAGGUAAAAUUAGAAAAAAAAGUAGAAAAAUAAUCAAUAGUUUAAAAUUCAUUUAUUUACUAAAAUAAUGUUGAAAAGGAGAAAAUUUGUGAAUUUGGUUUAAAAGGUUGAUUUAAAGAAAGUAAGAGACGAAAUAAUUGAAAAUUAAAUUUAGCUUAUUAUUUGUAAUUAUUAAAUCAUAUGUACAAACAUUUUGGUGAACAAAACAUGGGCAAAAAAAGAGGAGAAAGUUUUUAUCCAAGGAGUUUGUUUACAUGAACAAAAUAACUACAUUCUUCUAGUUAAAGUCAAAUUGAUUUUUGUUCAAUAGUUUUGAUGUUUGUGUGUUUUCUUUGUAUUGAAUAUAAAUUGUAAUUUUCCGUUUUGUAUUACUUUUCGAUAAAGAUUUGUUUCUUU